ACAGUGCUUGCGGUCUUUCGAGUCUAAAAAAUAAUAAUUUAUAUUCUUUGACAUUAACUGAUUGUGAUACUGAUAUAUGUAUGUGCAUGUUGUACAUAUAAAUGCUUUCUGUUGUUAAGUUUAUUAUUAGUGUUACCUAUUUUGUUCAGUGUUAUUAGUUAUUACAUGUGCCUUGGCUAAAUAUCAUUGGCCAUCAAGCGGGGUAAUGUACCCAGUACUACAGACACCCUUUUGCAAGUGAGAAAUCUGGGGUACUUCUGAGACACUGGCAGUUAAAGAUUCGGCGUUUCUUGUAGAAUCACACUCCUUUACUUCCAUUCCAUAUUAAAAUUUUCACACUGUAAAUUUUGUGUUUUUUAAAAACAUCAAUAAAAAUUAUGUGAUCUAUUAUAUACUUCAGGUCAGAUGACGCCUAUAUCAAACACUAAAAUAAAACAGUUCCACAAGAUCACAUAAUUUUGGCUGUAUGUCUAACUAUAUCCUAUUAUUUAGAUAAAACUUUUUAUAUUAGCAAGCAAAUUAAAAUAACCCAACUUGUGAGUGUACAAACAUUAAUUAGUUGGUUAUAGGGUUCCAUACCCAAAAGAACUCCGCUGUCCGCCCGUCUGUCUCUCACCAGGCUCAAUCACAUGAACCGUAUUUGAGACAGUUGAAAUUUUUACUUCUGAUGUAUUUCUGUUAUUGCUAUACUAUAACAACAAAUACUAAAAAGUAUGGAACCCUCGGUUGGCGAGUUCAACUCGCACUUGUCACGCUUUUAUUUUUAUUUUUAAAUAUCUUUGUAUUGUCAAUUAUGUAUGGGUGUUGUGAAAUUACCAACACAUAUUUUGUUUAUCAUUUCAGUUACCAGGAUGGCGAUGGACCAGGAGGUUGAUGUUAAAUUAUUUAUUACAUGCCGGUUGUGCUUAAGCGAACCUGGAUCAUAUCAAAUAAUCCCUUGUAUUAAGGGGCAAAUAUACUACUGCUUUGGAAUCGAGGUUGAUCCAUUUGAUGGAUUACCCCAGUUGAUUUGCAAAAAGUGCAAGGGUAUGUUGGCUGAUUAUUAUGCUACAAAGAAUUUAUUUGUGGAGAAGCAAAAACAGCUACAUGACAAGUUGCCUAAAAAUAACAUAGAUGCACAGUCGUUGACACUUCCAAUAACUGAAAUUGUUCCGAAAGAAUCACCAGCUGUAGCAGAAGUGGCCCCUGCUGGCGAGCCGGAGAAACCAGCGGCUGCAGUUCCAGAUGUUGCUGCUAAAGUUGCUCGGCAUGAUAAUCGAAAAAAGAAGAAACCUUCAUGGAAAACAGCAUUUAACAAACACUUUGUUUGUACGAUUUGCAGCAAAAGUUUUUUAACGGAAAAGUCAAUUAAAAAACAUUCCCCGACGCACAAAAGAUUUAUUAAUAAACAUGAAAAAGUAUUUAAGAACUUUUUGACUGUGCGCUUAAAUAAAAUAGAUAAAAAGAAAAAUAGCACUGGUUGUUUACAAAAUGUAGUUAUCAAUAAAAAUAAGAUAGUUGAACGAGGCAAUAGUCAGUACCACUACUCAUUUUAUUUGAAGAAGAACUUUGAGGAAGGAAGUACACCUGAGAAUAAAGCUGAUGAAAAUGAGAAUGUGGCUAAGAGACCCCGGGAAUUUUCAAACUCUAGUGAUGACCAAAUUAUUAAAGGUAAGAAAAGAAAAACUGGUCGUCUUGAAUCAAUAAGUUCCACACAGACUGUUAUACUUGAAGAAAACAAAGAUCCCACCAACGUAGCGAACACGGACGACCAAAGCAACACUAACGAAACGGACAUCGUUACCCCUGAUUAUAUUAACGUGGAUGAUACGUCUUCCGACUGUCCGAAAAAGAAUACAGAAUUAGAAAAAAAGAGAAAAAUGCCACAACGGCGGCAAGUUAAGGUGGAAGUUGCUGAUUACAAAGCAAUCCAAAAUAUUGUGACAAUGUGCCACAAAAAUUACAUUAAGAAAGUUCAGGCAGACACUGGGGGUUUGAAUAAAUCUACAUUUUCUGAAUCUUCACUCAAACACAAAGUUUUAAGCUUAGGUAGAAAAGUAUUAAAUAAACAGGGAUUUGUUUGCACCGGCCUAUUAAGAUACAUGGAACAUAAAGAUUUAGAUAUUACAUGGACGCCUACUGCUAAUGAAAUGCAAAAAAAAGGUUCAAAUUUUGUGAGAAUUAUGACAAAAUUAAAAUCUCGUGAAGAUUCAGAAAAUGAUGAUGCGUGCUGGAAAAAUUUGCACGAUAUUUCAUUUUGUAGAGAUAGCGGUGUGGAGGCGGUGGUAGCUACUGUCCCCGAUGUGAGAAGUGAUGAUCAGGCACCACUUCAAUCUGCCCAAACUGACGAAGAUCCAUCGUUUGCUGGCCCUCCUAGUGAAUCGAGUGACUCGGCCUAUAGAAAUAAAUUGCUAAAUAAAACUCCUGUUGCCAACCCGCGGCAACUGCCUAAAAAAAACAAUAUGUCUGAAACUGAACUUGUUGUUACAACUGAUGAUGUAGCCAUGAUGCCAUCAAACUUAAUUAGCAAUGGCUUAGAAGAUGCGCAGGUUGAUGACGAUAAUAUGUGCUUGCCAAUUAUAACGUCAACUACAUCAUUAUCUGUAAAUGUUAGUGAAAAAGAAAAACAAGAAGUUCCUGUCUUAGAAAAACCAGCACCUCGUAUCAAAGUGAAGCCGGCGUCAGAGUUGAUGACGGCGAUAGCUUUAAACAACCAGGAAACAGUAAAGGACAUCUGGGCGUUUAAUGCGAUCCAAAGUAGUUUACCUUAUCAUUUAGCCAACACAACACAACACAACUCGCACAGUGCUUUUGCCUCAAAUAAUCGCACGGAUGAGCAGCGACGACAAAAUGCAUACAUAUUAUUAAAUAGCCCUCAGUUCCCCAAUACCAAAACAUUGGCGCCAUUCCAGUAUUUUAGAAAAGUCCUGCUCGUCCACGGCUUGCAGUUAUUAGACUUGAAUGAAGAUUUACCUGAACAUUUUAACUGUCUUAUCAAAUUCAGGCUAAAGCUGAAACAAGAUACUAAAAGGCCUAUUGAGGUCUUGUUGUCUUUGUACUGCUCGAAAAAAUACUUUUGUUUUUCUUUUAAAGACACUAAUUCUAAAAAGUUUGAUCCCAAUCAGUUAUCCGCAUUUUGGCAAUGGGAGUUGUUGAAAAUAUACAAAAGCGAUGUCACCGACAAAAUUUUGGAGAAUGCUAUGAAAGUAGGUAAAGAAGUACAUGAAUAUACGAAUCUUUUCUUAUGUUUACUUAAAUCUAUAAAUUUAAUUAAGGAAGCGUAGCUUUACCAAUGAAUACUCAAUUGUGAAUGACUAUUUUUAGAAGCCUCAUUGUGGAGACUUUUUUUUUAUGAUAGAAGAGGCAAACGAGCAGACGGAUCAC